AUGAAAUCAAAUACCUGCAUUUUAAUCGUUCUUCUCUACGGCUCAUACCUCGCAGCAGCCAUCCUCCCACCCACCGUGUAUGAUAAAUCGCAGCAGAAAGUGAUCGCUGGCAUAAGAUACUACAUACUUCCAAUUUCACGCGGCCACGGUGGCAUCACAAUAGCUUCCACUCGGAACAAAACUUGCCCACUCGAUGUGGCUCAAGAGCUCAGUGUCUAUAAUCGAGGCCUCGGAGUCACUUUUAAUCGAGUGGAUGCGAGUGCGCAUACUGUACGUGUUUCUACUGAUUUAACUAUAAAAUUCUCCAGCCCGGCCAAGGCUUGCGCUCAAUCAUCAUACUGGAAGGUGGAUGGUUAUGACAAUUUGAGAGCGCGAUAUUUUGUUACAAUUGGAGGAGUUGGAGGCAAGCAUAGUGGUAAAUCCCUCCCCGGGACGUUCAGAAUUGAAAAGGAGGGGAAUGGAUAUAAGAUUGUGUAUUGUAGACCGGUCAAUUGUGUCGCUACACCUUGCGAACCGGUUUGCAAGAAUGUUGGAGUGUAUGAGCAACAUGGGGGGAUUCUCUUGGCAUUGGCUGAUGAACCGCUUGUGGUUAAGUUUCGCAAGGUGUAUGAGGGCUGA